GACCACUCCUGCCCUGGGGGCCAUCGCGAGCUGCUGUGACUGUGUGGGCGCCAUGGCAGCCUAUGGGAAGCCAUAGGGAACUUUCGCAGGCUGGGCCUUCACCAUGGCGGGAGGGAGACCUCACUUGAAAAGAAGCUUCUCCAUCAUCCCCUGCUUCGUCUUCGUGGAGUCGGUGCUGCUGGGCGUCGUGGUCCUGCUGGCUUACCGCCUGGAGUUCACCGACACCUUCCCGGUGCACACCCAAGGCUUCUUUUGCUAUGACAGCACCUACGCCAAGCCUUACCCCGGGCCCGAGGCUGCCAGCCGAGCGCCUCCCGCCCUCAUCUAUGCCCUGGUCACCGCGGGACCCACGCUCACGAUCCUGCUGGGGGAGCUGGCCCGGGCCUUCUUCCCUGCGCCCCCCUCGGCCAGCCCCAUCAUCGGAGAGAGCACCAUCGUGUCUGGGGCCUGCUGCCGCUUCAGCCCCCCUCUGCGGAGGCUGGUCCGCUUCCUGGGUGUCUAUUCCUUUGGCCUCUUCACCACGACCAUCUUCGCCAACGCGGGCCAGGUGGUGACGGGCAACCCCACCCCGCACUUCCUGUCCGUCUGCCGCCCCAACUACACGGCCCUGGGCUGCCCGCCUCCCUCGCCGGACAGACCCGGGCCUGACCGCUUCGUCACCGACCAGGGCGCCUGCGCCGGCAGCCCCAGCCUCGUGGCCGCCGCGCGCCGCGCCUUCCCCUGCAAGGACGCGGCCCUCUGCGCCUACGCGGUCACCUACACGGCGAUGUACGUGACCCUCGUGUUCCGCGUGAAGGGCUCCCGCCUGGUUAAACCCUCCCUCUGCCUGGCGCUGCUGUGCCCCGCCUUCCUGGUGGGCGUGGUCCGCGUGGCCGAGUACCGCAACCACUGGUCCGACGUGCUGGCCGGCUUCCUGACCGGAGCGGCCAUCGCUACCUUCCUGGUCACCUGUGUCGUGCACAACUUCCAGAGCCGGCUCCCUUCCGGCCAAAGGCUGUCGCCCUGGGAGGACCUGAGCCAAGCCCCCACCAUGGACAGCCCCCUCGAAAAGUUAAGUGUAGCCCAGGAACCCGAGGCCCCCAGGCCGCACUCGACACCGGCACGGCUCACCCCAUCCAAGCCGCAGAACUGCGCCCGCCGUGGCCACCUGAUCCCCAGCUGCGUGUCGUCCAGGGCCCCGGCCCUGUGUUCCUCGCCCCGUGUGCCCCGCCCUCGACUGCGGUCCGAGCCGACGCCCCUGCCGCUGCCCCUGCCCCUGCCCGCGCCGACCCCCAGCCAGGGCCCCUCGCCUUCCUCCCCCGGGCCUGGGGGGCCAGGCGGGGGCGGGGGGCGCGGCCGGAAGCUGCUGCUGCCCACGCCCCUGCUGCGGGACCUGUACACCCUGAGCGGACUCUACCCCUCCCCUUUCCACCGAGAUAACUUCAGCCCUUACCUGUUUGCCAGCCGUGACCACCUGCUGUGAGGCCCACGCCCCGUCUCUCCCCCCCACCCCCGCCACGCGAGCGUGAGCGUGCGUGCGUGUGCCGUGUGAGUGCCGAAGCCCCCGCCCCCCAACCAGGCAGGCCCACGCGCCCUUAGACGGCGGGAAGAACGUCUAGGGGCCCUCCCGGCGGGGGCGGGCCGACCUGACAGGUGCGCCCGCGGCCCUGGGGUGGCCCUUUUAAGGGCCGAAGUCGGACCUCAUUGGCUGUAGCUCAGCCAAUGAGCGUCCCGCGUUCUCAGACUUCUCGCCCAAAGGAGCUGACUCCAGCCAAUGGGAGCCUCCCGCUCACUUCCUGAGCCCCCUCCCGCCGGCGUUCGGCGUCUGAACCGCCAGCUACGGGCAGGUGCCCUUGGGCGUUCAGAUCUGGAGAGCGGGUGGGUAUGAUCCAGGCAAUGGGGGACCGCCCGUGUCUGCGCGUGUGCGGAGGAGGAGGGGGUGGGGUCGUCCUUUGUCGUCGGGUCCUCUCCCCCCAGAAUCAGGGCGUCUAGCUGGAGGGUGGGGGGCAGGUUCCCCCAGGGCAGGGUCUUUGGGGAGGGGGCCGCCCCGUCCCUUCGUGCCACCUGUCAGUCCCCCUCCUAACUCCCUCCUCCAGCAGGGCUUGCCCCAGGUCAGAAGUUUUUGGGGUUCAGGGUGCUGCGUCUCCCUUGCCUGUUCCCAGGUCACCCUAAAUCCUCACAGUAUUUAUCAGGGCUGAGGGAAAGGAGUUCUCCCCCCACCUUGGAUCUCAUCCCUGUUCUCACCGGCCCCCAUGCCUCAGCCUCAUGCAGAGGCGCCAUCUUGGGGGGCCCCGGGGGGAGGCGGCGGUGGCUCCCCACCCCGGCAGCCAAAGGCAGUGGGCAGAGGAGACACUGCCCCCCCUUCCUGCCUCCCCCAUCUUUAAUAAA